AUGAGCCUGCACCGAGACCUGGUCCGCGGAACAGGCUUUUAUGAUACCUUGCUAGGCAACGUUCCUCCCGGCCGUUCUCCCGAGCUUUUGGGCAACCUAGGCAGAUCACUCCCCGUGAUCAACCUCCUAGGAACCGACAAAGACCGCAUCAGAGCUCUGAUGCAGGAGGCUCUUCCCCAAGAUCGAGCCAGGUUCCAGACAUACCUGAGUGAGAGGCCGCUCGGGCUCGGAGUCAUCAGUGCUGGCCUUGGAAACACAACUGCCCUCGCCGUUGGCACGAUUGGCAUGUCGUGCAGCCUGGGCAAGAUCUACGCCACCGGCCCGACAGAUACCGCUGUGAACAACUUCGCCGCUCGACUCGACCGUGUGGACACCAGCGCCACGGACCGCAUGAACGAGGGCAACGAUGAAGGGAACCGUGUUCGAUACAAGCAUGUUGUCCGCGGUUACAAGCUCGAUGACGAAGCAUCUGCCUUCCUCCACCUGUUGCGAUUCCCCGACGAUGGGGACAAGGCUGCCCCAAACUCGUUCUUGUUAGGCCAGUCAGAGUGGAAGAUGCACCUAUCUGCCGCAUAUUGGCUUCUUGUCCUCCUGCGCUCCCCCAACCCCAAGGUCCGCCCGCUCCGUCGGAAUGAGAGCGUUGCCCUUCACGAGAUGCGAAGCCGCAUCGAAAACGAUGAGCAGUUGCACCGCCUUCGUGCCGUGGCCUCUCAAGGGAUCGAUUGGAUUGAAUAUGAGCAAGGCCUUAUGGUAAGCAAGGAUAGACUUGACUCGUUGUUGGAGGACGUUGUUUCCAUCGCAGAUAUCGUCUGCACCACGCCAUCGCUGUCGGCCAAGGAGCCCUACUCCCCCUGGAAACGCAAGGCCCAGGGCAUUGCGGUAGAUGAGGCCGCGUGCAUUAGCCGCCCCGACCUCUCCUGCGUCUGGGGCAACACGCUUCUGCCCUGCCUGAUGGCCGGAGACGAUAAGCAGCUCCCACCGGCGGUGCUCAACUCCCACAACCGGUUCGGCCAACAUGCCAAGAUCUCGCCGUUGCUGUGGUUCAAGGCCAUGGGAUGGCCCAUCUACCGCGUCGGGUUGUCCAGGUAG